AUGAUUGGUGGUCUAUUUGUUUAUAACCACAAAGGUGAAGUUUUAAUUUCGCGUAUAUAUCGUGAUGAUGUGAGCCGAAAUGCUGUCGAUGCUUUUCGAGUUAAUGUCAUACAUGCGAGACAACAAGUUCGUACACCUGUUACUAUAAUGGCGAGAACUUCUUUUUUUCAUAUUAAGCGAGGGAAUGUUUGGAUAUGCGCCGUCACAAGACAAAAUAUUAACGCAGCUAUGGUUUUUGAAUUUCUCAAUAGAUUUGCUGAUACCAUGCAAUCAUAUUUUGGGAAAUUAAAUGAAGAAAAUGUUAAGAAUAAUUUCGUCUUGAUUUAUGAAUUAUUAGACGAAAUUCUUGACUUCGGUUAUCCUCAAAAUACCGAUCCAGGAGUGCUUAAAACUUUUAUUACACAACAAGGUGUACGAACAGCGAGUAAAGAAGAGCAAUCACAAAUUACUUCACAAGUGACCGGUCAGAUUGGUUGGCGACGUGAAGGAAUUAAAUAUAGAAGAAAUGAAUUGUUUCUCGAUGUUAUUGAAUAUGUCAAUUUAUUGAUGUCUCAACAAGGGCAAGUUUUAUCAGCACACGUUGCUGGAAAAGUAGCGAUGAAGUCUUAUUUGUCCGGAAUGCCUGAAUGUAAAUUCGGCAUAAAUGACAAGUUAACAAUUGAAGGAAAAGGGCGCUCAGGCAGCGAUGAUCCAUCAAAAACGACGAGGACUUCCGUUGCAAUUGAUGACUGUCAGUUUCAUCAAUGUGUAAAACUUACCAAAUUUGAUACGGAACAUGCAAUCAGUUUUAUACCUCCAGAUGGGGAAUAUGAAUUAAUGAGAUACCGCACGACAAAGGAUAUUCAGUUACCAUUCAGAGUUAUUCCGCUAGUUCGAGAAACAUCUCGCAACAAAAUGGAGGUAAAAGUUGUGGUUAAAUCAAAUUUUAAGCCAUCACUUCUUGCUCAGAAAAUCGAAGUGCGUAUUCCAACUCCACCCAACACAAGUGGUGUGCAGUUAAUAUGUAUGAAAGGCAAAGCAAAAUAUAAAGCCGGUGAAAAUGCAAUAGUUUGGAAAAUUAAACGAAUGAGUGGAAUGAAAGAAUCUCAAAUAUCUGCUGAAAUAGAUCUCUUAAGUACAGGCGCCGCUGAGAAGAAAAAAUGGAAUCGUCCACCAGUCUCAAUGAAUUUUGAAGUACCGUUUGCUCCGUCUGGUCUCAAAGUUCGUUACUUAAAAGUGUUUGAACCUAAAUUGAAUUAUUCUGACCACGAUGUCAUCAAGUGGGUUCGUUAUAUUGGCCGAUCUGGUUUAUAUGAGACUCGUUGUUGA